AUGUCUUCAGAGAUUAAGCCUACAAAUUACAAGAUCUCUAUAACGCCUCACUUUGAUGAUAAAAAUUCUGAAAAAUACUUAACAUUUGAGGGUAUAGCACAAAUUGAAUUCGAAGUUAGAAAACCUACAAAAGAAAUAUCAAUACGUUCUCAAAAAUUAUUCUUCAAAAGAGAAAACUGUACCUUGAAAACUGCAAAUGGAAAGAUUUUCUUGUUAAACAUAAAUUAUACUGGUACUAUUUCAAACGAAACUAACACUGGCAUAUUUCGGACAUUCUACUACUCUGAAGAGUACGAUGAAGUUCCAUAUAUCCUUACAUACAUGGAUCAGUCGUAUGCGAGUCUAGUUUUGCCUUAUUUUGAUCAACCAGAGUACAAGGCCACCUUUGAUGUUGUGAUUAUUCACAGCAGAAAUCAUAGAGCCAUUUCAAACAUGCCUAUUAAAAACGUCACUCAUGUUGGUACAAUGGCUGUAACAACUUUUUUGAGGACUCCACCAAUGUUGAUCCACGACCUGGCUUUUAUUGUUUCCGAUUUCCAGAAAAUUAGUAAUGAAGCGAAAAAUUUCACCUUAUGGUCAACUCAAGAAUUUCCUUAUGACGAUGAGGUAGUAUUUAAUUUGGGUUCAAAGAUUUAUGAAGAACUGGAGAAGUACACCAAUACACAGUUAGAAGUUGGAAAGUUGGAUCAAGUCAUCCUGCCAUCUCCUGGGGAGAUAACGAUGCAACGUCAGGGUUUGAUCAUUUACAGAUCAGAUGAUAUUUUCGAAUCAAUAGACUCGGAAAAGUAUUUCUUGUGUGCAAAAAAUGUAGCUCAUAGAUUAACAGAACAAUGGUUUGAAAAUGUUGCUUCUUUAAAGUCCAAAAAACAAAUUUGGUUCAGUGAAAGUAUUACUGCCUAUUUGGCUUACUAUGUACUUGAAAAGGUUGAGCCUCAACUUGAAGCUAUGAAUCAUCUCAUUAUGGAUGAUUUACCGAUAUUUUACAAAGUAGGGGCGUUUGUCAUACGAAUGUUACAACAAAUGCUUACGGAACCAGUAUAUCAUAAAAGUGUAAAUAUAGAUGACUUCUAUCAAGCAUUUCAAGAAGUUUUAAAUGAAGUAAGCAUAGAUUUACAAAUAAAAUUAGUUCUCGAUUCUUGGCUUGGUUUCAAAGGCUACCCGCUCGUUACCGUAAAGAGAAAUUAUUCGACCAAUGAGAUAAAGUUGAAACAAGAAAUUUUUUUGGUUGAUAAUUUGAGUAAUAAAGAAAGCAAUAAGAAAUACAAAUGGAACAUACCUAUAAGCUAUGCCACUAAAGAUAAACUCAAUUUCGAAAACACUUCAGUGGAUAAUUGGCUGACACGUCGUUCGAUGACAAUUAAUAAUGACAUUAAACCUCUAGAUUGGAUAAUCUUAAACAAAAAAUUUUUAACUCAACAAGAAAAAAUCAGUUUAAAUAUCUUAUUGAGAUUGCACAGUUACUUGAAAAAUGAAACAAAUUGCCUGCCAUGGUAUCCUGGUCUACUUGUACUGGAUUGGUUGGACAAUCAAUUAGCUGGCACACAACACUACGUAAAAUUUCAGUGGGAACUGGCAUUAGGUGCAACAGCUGUACACAAGCCUAUCACCCUUCUUGUGCUCUACGCAGAACUACCUCUACUGAGGGUGUUUAUCGCUGGUAAAACAUAUACAACUUUAAAUUUAUAUCAAGCUGGUUCAUCACAUUCUCCAGUACAUGAUUUAGAUAUGAGUGAGUCAGCAAUGCUUGAUGACAUUAAAAAACUUAUUGAGCAGAGUAAUAACUCAAUGUCUCAAAAAAUAACUACAUUAGAAAAUAACACUGUACAUGACAUCAAUAUAAGACUUGGAAUCUUAGAGACUCCUCGGCUCACAAACCAACUUCUCGAUGAGUUUCAUAACAGACUUACCACACUUGAGAAGUCCACAGCUUCACCUGUUCAACCUGCUGAUGAGCUUACCAGAGAAAUUCAGGAUAGAAUACGUAGGUCCUCAAAUGUUAUUUUAUACAAUGUUGCUGAAUCUACGACUAAUACAACUACAGAUUUACUACGGGAAAUAACAGGAAUACGGAAUAGGCAAGAAGUAGAGUCUUCUCAUAGACGGGGUGGAGGUGUUCUUGUGUCGGUUAGCAAACGUCUUACAUCAAGUAGAGUACCUAUUGAUGGUAAUUUAGAAUUGUGUGGUUGUGCACUUAAAACUAACUGA